GCCCUCAUAUCCUAAGCAUUAUAUAUUACGAACUUCUUUCUACAUAAGUCAUAACAGAUAGUUACUCUAUACAUCAAGCAACAUACGCAUCUUCAACUUCAGACCAACACCGAGCAAAUAACAUACAACCCAACCAAACAACUCUUAAUCCAAUUCAAGAAAAAAUAAAUAAAAUGUCCCCAAAACCCCGCGUCCUAGCAUUCAACACACCACACCCACACCCGCGAGCCCAUCCGCAUCCGCAUACGCAUGGGCACCCGCAUCCCCGUCAACCAAUUGAUAUUCGGCGGACUAGGGAGUAUAAGACCGCUGCGAGACGAUGGACAUCGACGAUUGUGGCCCUGCCGAUAUUUCUGGUUACGUCUUAUGUUCUUUGGGAUCGGACGUAUGGGGAUAAGAAGACGGAAAGGUCUGGGGUCAGGAACGAUUGAUGUGACAUGACAGGGUGCGAGCUGGGGUAUGAUAUUGUGCAACAAGGUUAAUCUUGUACUGAUCUGUAUAUGAAUAGCGUUUAUGCAUUAUUCUAUUGAAUAUGACCUAGUAGAUAUCUGCCUUGGGUCCGUAUAUGACAUUCAGUAAACCAAAACUAAUAUUUCCAAUUUCCAAAGAUAUAGUUACUAGGUUUUAGGUAUAACGUAUAACAUAAUUACACCAACUCAACACAUCCCCCCUACCUAAAGAGAAAAAUCACUUAAAACAACCAUUCCAAUUCCCCCCAGAUCUCGCAUACCCCAACCCCUUCACAAAAUCAUCCCUCUUACACCUCCCCAUAUUAUCCGCCUUGCAACCAUGCAACGGGGUAACACGGUCAUUAACAAGCACGCGGACAAGAGGCUCCAUUUCCCCACUACAUUGCAUCAUCUCGAUAUACGCACGUGCGGCGAAC